AUGGCCGACAAGUCGGAAUUGAACAAACAUGCCACUCAGCUGCCCUGUGACCCGAAGUACGGGUCCAAUCCCCAGGACCAUGUGCUGCUCCGUUCAUCGGGUGUGCGCAUUUCCGCCGGCACGGGCGUGAGAACAUUAGUACCAGCCGGCAGUCUGGACCAAGCUCGGAGCCCAGCGGCGAGGACCACGACGUCAAGCGGGCCCGCCAGGGCUUGGGAAUUGGGAUUCUGGGUUGUGAACAAUGCAUUUAUUGGCCCGCAAGCGGGAAUGGUUCGUGACUCAUGCGCAGCAAUGCAGGACAGACUGGGAUAG